AGAGAGAGAGAGAGAGAGAGAAGUGAGUCACUUCCAAUUAGCCUUUCAGAACGGAGUUUCUUUGUGAGAGACACGAACGACGGGACCUUCGCGUUUCCAAGAGCAGAGAGGAGUCAGAUUUCAACCCGACUGGCACAGAGAUGCAGACGAGCGCAGAGCAACAAGCGGCAUUCACCCUCAGCGGAGGAGACCUAACCCGCGCUUGACUCUUCUAUUUCACUGUGAGGAACUUAUUUCUUGUCCUUUGUUUUGACAGCACGCUGCUGCUGUUCAGAAAGAAAAAACGUUUGCUGAUACCUGCAUUGUGAAACGCCGAGGGGGCUUCAUUGCUGGCAGGGGCGCUGACACAACGCGGCUCACAGAACAGAGCGGGCUGUUUUUGUCAUACAGCUGGACUGGAGAGAUCGUUUUUGCAGUAUUGCAAAACCCUCCGGUUCCCACAGUAAAAAAAAUCCCUUUGCGUGUCAGAAGAUGCACUCAACAUGCCCUUUCCACUAGAACUAUUUGCCAUAAGACCCUGCCAAGCUUUUUUUUUAUGACGGAACAUGCUUAAUUUCCUUUUACUCCACUUAAGAAAAACAAACAAAAAAUAUCUUGAGAGCAGCCCAUUGAAAAAGUGACGGGAGAAGAUAGAUUACGACCACUUUGUACGUUAAACCUCAUGUGAAUUUUAAAAAAAUACCUCCCCCAUAUUCCUGCGGUUUUCUGCGGAGCGAUGGUUCUGCUUUUAGAAACCGCUCCGCCUGGGAUCCUCUCCAACUGUUCCAACUGCACUCAAACUGCGGGCACGGGGGUGGACCUCACGAAGGCGCUGACCCUGGGGCUGAUUCUAGGGGUCUUCGUCAUGUUCGGGAUCCUGGGGAACAUCUUGGUCAUCCUGUCGGUGGUCUGCCACCGGCACCUGCAGACGGUCACUCACUACUUCAUCGUGAACCUGGCGGUGGCCGACCUACUGCUCAGCUCCGUUGUGCUGCCCUUCUCUGCCACCUUCGAGAUCCUGGGCCGCUGGGUCUUCGGCAGGAUCUUCUGCAACAUCUGGGCAGCGGUGGACGUGCUGUGCAGCACCGCCUCCAUCAUGAGCCUGUGCGUGAUCUCCGUGGACCGCUACGUGGGGGUCAGCUACCCGCUGCGCUACCCCACCAUCAUGACGGAGCGCCGCGGGCUCCUGGUGCUGCUGGGGCUCUGGGCUCUGUCCAUCACCAUCUCCAUCGGGCCCCUCUUCGGAUGGAAGGAGCCAGAGCCGGAGGACGAGAGCGUGUGUAAGAUCACGGAGGAGCCCGGCUACGCCAUCUUUUCUGCGUUCGGCUCCUUCUACGUGCCGCUCACCAUCAUCCUGGUGAUGUACUGCCGGGUGUACGUGGUGGCCAAGCGGGAGACGCGCGUGCUGUGGUCCGGGGUGAAGACGGAGAGAGCGGGCUGCGCGGUGGAGGAGGUGACCCUGCGCAUCCACCGGGGGAACACCGUCACCCCCCCCAGCGACGAGGCCCUGAAGAGCCGCACCCACUUCUCCAUCCGCCUGCUCAAGUUCUCGCGCCAGAAGAAGGCCGCCAAGACCCUGGGCAUCGUGGUGGGCUGCUUCAUCCUCUGCUGGCUACCUUUCUUCAUCGUACUGCCCAUUGGGUCUAUUUUCCCCGCUUACCGCCCCUCGGACACCGUCUUCAAAAUCACAUUCUGGCUCGGAUACUUCAACAGCUGCAUCAACCCCAUCAUCUACCCCUGCUCCAGCCAGGAGUUCAAGAAGGCCUUCCAGAACGUGCUGAACUGGGGCCCGGGCCCCAAGACACCCCCGCUGGGACUCCCGGAGGGGAACAGGGACUCCAGGCCGGUGUCCUGCCAGCUGUCCCAGGGAGGGGGCAGCACGGAGUGGAAGGGGUUCCCGGGGCUGGGGCUGGGGGAUCGUUCAUGCUGCGGGGCCACGGCCGCCCGCGUGCACAGUAAGAGCCUGCUGCAAGCUUGCUGCUGCGUUGCCACAGAAACCACACCCCCGCCACUCAGGCCGAGCUCCCUGCCUGUAAUCAAGGUGCACAAGCUCUCGCUGUGCGAGAAUGGGGAGGCUGUGUAACCAUGGCGACCAGGGAUCCUGGACCCAGCCCCCACUCUGAACUACAAGAUCCUGGAACAAAGAAGGAACUGGAGACCUUCCCAGCGCUGCUUCUCAAUGGGACUGGUGUGCUCAUUAGACCCCUGGUGUUACUCAAGCAAACUGAGGGGGAGAGAAAGCAUUUCCAGAGUCUGCAGUUCACUGAAUACUGUGGGAUAGGACUCUUGUAAGUGAGGACUUCUGUACCUCACUGGACCCGGUCCUCUCCAGAGUGGGUGUGGCCAAUCAGUCUCCUAACUCCUCCCACAGCUAGCUGAGCUCACAGUUCUGACUGUGUUCUAGAAUCCCUGUUAUGAUGUCACUGCUUUGCCCACGGGAAUGGGAAGCAGCAUUUAAACCCAGGCAGACAGAACUAUGAGCAACACCAAAUGCCUUCCUUUAGAAAAGUGUCCCUCAAUAAAAGCAUUGCACAGUAUUGUAGACAAGCUCAGUAAAGAUAGAUACAGCCCAGUGAGGUAUGGUAAAGCAUACUGCAUAAGCGUGGCAAACCAUGGUAAAGGCACAGUGUAACUAGUAUGCAAACUGACCAUGGUAACUGAUUUGUAAGUGUUAUCUUGAAGCCUAUGCAAAGACGAAUGCAAAUCUUAUGAGAGGAAUGCGAACAUGUCUAACUGCUGAAGCAGCAGAGCUGCAGGGAGGAAGGAGGGGGCAGUGGGGUUUUUUUGUUCCGAGUCAGUAUUUUAUUUCUCUCUUGCUUUUAAGAGCUCCGAGGCUGCCCCUGUGUGCAGUAAUUCAUGUUUUAUUGUGACGUGCACUGACAGUUUGAAUAUUCGCACAGACAAUACAACUCAAAGCCGAUGCUAAACGGGAAAAAAAAAACACUUUGACUAAAAUAAACCCUGUGCAAGGACAUAAAGACAUGAACGUAAAAAUGUGACCUUGGCAGUUUGUUCAGGAUCGGGGCUGGGAUGUGGGGAUGGAUGUGUGGAGUGUUAGACAUCCAGUUUAAAUGUUGUACCUCCUGUAUGUUUUUAUGUCAUGUGUUUGAGUAAAACAAGAUAUUUUAAGAGCCUGAGUCUGUGUCCUGCUCCCCAGUUUUAACAGGCAGGGAUACAGCUCAAUAUAAUGAAGGGUAGACCGGGACAGUGCCUGUCACUCAAUGAAACCUCUGCUCAAGCUCUGGAAAGGCAAAGAAAUAAAAAAUUCAAAGAAAACGCUGAACAUUCGCUAAAGUGCAGCCAAUCUGCUUCUGGCUGAAAGGAGAAAGUGGGCAGCGAUCCCACCCUGCUGACGUUACCUCCAUCAGACUCCACGCUUUAUUCAUAGAGUCGCGUUUGUCAUUCCAGAGAGCUAUAGCUAGUCUGUGGGAUAAACACAAAGCAUGCAGCUCCAGUCAUUAUCUUUGAAAGAUGCUGCACUCUAUACGACUCUCAUGCAAACAUCAUGAAGCAGCUAAUUGAUAAAGUGCUCUCUCAUUCCAUCUCAUUAGCCAGAGCAUACUGACACACGCACAAGUUAAAUGAAAUGAAUUGGGAGAUUUUGGUGCAAUGCUGGUAUGAAGGAAAGCCUCCAGGCCGAUUCCCAGCCAGCCCCAUUGGAGAGCCACUCAGUCCAGCCUCAUGCUGCCCCUCCCUGGAUGCCUCUCUAAAGUUGCCUGCAAAAUCCCCCAUAUUAUACAUGCAUUCUCAUGAUUUUAAAAGCUUUGGUUAAUCUCUUGCAAGAUUCGCUUUACAAACAGUAAGAUGUUGACUGUAGAAGUCCUGUUCUGCAGGGGGUGCCGGUGUGUGGCGUGAGUCAGCAGGCACAGCCCUGGCAGAGGUUCAGCUCUCAGGAAUGAACUUGGAGGGGUCACUUUGCGCUGCCUGAAUCGAUGGGUGGCGCGGUACCAGCAGAGAUACACUCUUAAUUAACUGUCACACUCUGCGGUCUGAGAUUUAUCUUCAAUGCUACAGCUCUCAUCAGGACACGCUAUCCUUGUGAACUUUUUCUGUUCAUAAAACCCCAUUGGAAUCCCGUUAUGAUCUCUGAAGAAGCCCCAGCUAGCAGAACCAUCAGCAGAGCACAGCAUUAGCAGCCUUGUCAACACAGUGGACUGGGAGUAGAUACUGCACAGUGCAGUGAUACAGCAGCACACUGUCUGUCUGGUGCUGAUAGGGGACUGCAGUGGGUUACCAGCUGUGUGGAUUGUGUGCUCCCAGUAUAGGAUCGGUAUUCCAGUUUGGACUGAGGCAUGAUUCACGGUCACUGCAGCUUCAUCAAUAAACAUCAAUAAGGUUCUCUAUUAGUAAGAUCUAUUAAAACACUGUUCAUGUUUGUUUCAUGAGUCUGAUGUAGACACGCACAUCUCUGUGACAGUCACCAUGCAUGGUUUGAAUGUCUUCUGCUUGUGUGCCCGAGCUGAAGUCCUACACCCUGGAUGAUGAGCACAGGGUUAACUCUACAGACUUUCACUAAUUAUAUUUCUGUUACAAAGCUGGGGAGGAAGAAUGAAAUCAAAUCCACAACAACGACUCAGCUCUUUGGAAGAAAGCACAGCACAGUGCAGUGAAGCACAGAGAAGAUAGUGAACCAGCCCCCUUCUCAAAGUGUACUGCUUUGGUA